AAAGAGGUGCAGAAGGAGCACUUGGAGAAGACUAAGCAAAGACAAAAAGAGGCUAAACAAGCCCUGAAGGAUCUGACAGAAAUGCUCAAGAGCCGCAGGCACAGCCAGGAUGCUCUGAAGGAGAAAGCAGAGACUCUGUGGAGAGCCAUGGAGAUUCCCAAAGAGUUCUGGCCACCACCACAGAAACCCUUGGCAGAUAUGCUGGAGAGCAUCCAGAAGCAGCUGGAGCAGCAGGAGCUGUCAGCAGGCAGGGAGAAGAACAUCCCUGACAUGGAGGUGCUGAAGCGGGCAUCGGGGGGACUGGCCCUGCAGGGCAUCUACAGAACCAGCAGACCUGAAGAUGUGCUGGCAAAGCGAGAGCAGCUCCUCAGGGUUCCGGAGGGAUUCCAGCUGGCCGGUCCGGAGCAAGGAUCGCUGCUUGAGAGGAAGGAGUUCUCCUCCUCUGCAGCAGAAUCCACUUUCACCAAGUCCAUGGAGCAGCUGGGCUUCAGCAUCAGCGUUUCUGCCAAAUCCUCAUUUUGGGGGGUUAAUCUGGGAGCAGGUGUAGAUCACAGCAGCUCCUCGCAGUCACAGGACACCCACCAGUCCCACGCUGAGCAGAGCUACUUCUGUACCACCAAGUACCAGUACAUCCCUCUGGCCUCCUGCUACUUCCAAAGGCAUCAGCUUCGCCUCUCGGAUGCGGCUCUGCGGGAGUUGCAAAAGAUGGAGCAGCAGAUUUUGAGCUUCAGCUGGGAAGAAGACAACCCCACCUUGGUGAAGAUAUGUGAGAGCUUCUUUAGCAGGUUUGGGUCCCACAUAAACCAGGGUCCCCUCCACUUUGGGGGGAUAUUCUGGUGGAAGGCGUCCACAGAAGGAUUCCAAGCCGAGCAGCGGGAAGAGAUGAAGCGACAAACGUCAGAAGCACUGAACAGCUUUGUUGGAGCCAGCUGGAGUGGCUUCUGGGCCAGUGUAGAAGGGUCCCUGGAUUUUUCUAAAACCAGCUCACAGGCUUCUGUCCAAGGAAGAGCCAGAGAGGCUGUCAAGGACUUCCCUGAGGCUUCGUCCAUUAUGCAAUGGAUCUUCCAGACUGAGCACUUCCUUCCCAGAUUUCCCAAAGUCUCUGAGCUUCAAGAGCUCAUCAAAACACUGCAGCAAAUGAAGGAGCAUAUCCAUGCUGUCACCUAUGCACCAGGAAGCUCUGCUUCUGACGUUCAUGAAGCAAAGAUAGAAGCCACCCUGACCAGCAGCCUCGCCAUUUAUUCCUUACUGCAGUCUCUCCAGGAACAGGCUCAGAAGGACAUGGAACUCUUGGUGCUCUUGAUUGUGACCAGCACAGGGUACCAGGUGGAAAGCAGCACUUUUCAGCACCUCCUUGGACACCCAGAAAUUCAGUACAUGGCCAAGGAAAUGGAAGCGGCACACGAGGAGUACGUGAACCUGAAGGAGCAAGAUGCCAGCAGAGCUCAGGCCUUCCUCCUGCUGACGGGUCUGACUGUGACACCUGAAAGUCAAGAGCUGUUCCCUGAGCAGAAGAGGGAGCGUUUAGUUUUCAUGGAAGAUCACAUGAAAAGCUUGUGGUCCACACGGAUAAAGAAUCUCCUCCAAAAGCACAGUGGAAACGAGGACUGGGAGAAGUUGGAACGGGACUUGCAUUCCUUGAUUAGUGGGUGCUUAGACAACAAAUAUGACAAGCAGAAAAUGCAGAACAUACUCAGAGACCUGGAAGACACAAUUCCAACACCUGAGCUGCCCAAUCAAUUCCAAUCCAUUUCAGAAGGCAGCAAAUCCAAAGAAAAUGAAGUCAUUGCAAACCAGGAGUUCCUCCAGUUGCUCAAGCGCCUUGGACUGGAAAGUCACUAUCCAAGGAAAAUGGGGAUGGGAGAUUUCUGCACCAUCUGCAAGAUAUCCCUGCAGGACAGCCAGCCCAGCCAGGACAAGGAACUGCCAUUAUACUUCUUGCAAAAGCUGUUAACUGUGGAUUACCGGGUGAGGUACCUGACUUUCUGGGAUGACAGCAACCGAGGCCUUGCACGUGUGCCACAAGCCAGGGAGCAAGAGAACCAACAAUCAGGCUCCUUCGAAAACUUUCUUGAUAAACUGAUGGAAGCCUCCCCUGAAUGUGCAAGCAGGGACAGCCAUGUGCACCCCAUGGACCUGCAGAUGGCCAUCUUCCAUUGUGCUGAUGACUUCCUGAGACAGACCCUUGCAACUAAGCUGGCAUUCUGCCAACUGGCGUUGCCUCUGCUGCUGCCCAACCCAAACACUUCACACAUUGAGUUCCUGCUCUAUGCACUCAGCCAAAUCCAAAGGAGCUGGAAAGAGGCAAAGAAGUCAGUAAAGCAGGCCAGAACAAAGAGUUACAACAACAAACUCAUCUUUCAGGCACAGACACCCAUCGUGUCCUUCAUCCGCAUUGGCAGCUCAGCCUCCUCUUCCAAGUCCCAGCUCCUGAACGCUCUGCUGAGCAAACGCAAACACGACACCUUCUUCCACCGCCACUGCAAAGGCAGCACCAGAGAGCGUUUGCUGAUGGAAGGGCUGGUGGAGAUUGCCUGGUACUGCCCUGGUGGAAGCCCUGAUGACAACUUUGAGUGCUGCGUGGCUUUCUGUAACCUGCAUGGAGACGCCAGGGAUCAUGGAGCACAGCUGCAGUUCCUGCAGGAGAUAUCUGCUGUCAUCGUGGCUCUUGUGUCCGAUUGGGAACACAUGGACAACAGGGGCAGAAAGCUUCUGCAGGACCUGUGGGAGUCAGAAAGGCCUUUGGUUUGUCUUCUCACAGAAAAAGAGAAUGUUGCAGCUGGACAAGACAGCAAAAAUAUAACAAUAGGAAUCAAGAAUAGAAAUGAAGCAGAACUGAUGGACCAGCUGACCAAGACAAUUGGAAAUCUCCUGGAAGCAUCUAACGCAUGUUUCAGCCUGGAGGCCUGCAUGGACAAAGCUCGCCAGCAUGGAUUCGUAGUGGAUGCAGAUCAACCUGCAUGUGUGACAGCCAAAGCAAAGGCAAAGGAGCUGGUGGAGCUUCUGAAGAAAGAGAAGCUGUCUGAGAUCAAAUCCAAGCUGCUGCCGCUUCAAGGAAAACUGUGGUACCAGUGGUGCCAAAAGGACAAAGAACUCACUCGCUUGCAGGAGAAGAGGAACAAGAGCAUUGAGCAUCAUCGCAGCCAAAUUGAAAAUGAGAAAAAUACAAUCAGAAGAAAGCAACUUGAGCGAGCUUUCCCUCUCAACCCACUGAUGAAAUCAUUCCUUGGCUUUCUCCAGGCCCAGCCAGCAGACACCAAGAAAUACUUCCUGCAGUGGAUGAAGGUCUUUAUGGACAAGCUGUCCUGUGGUCGUCUUGAAGAACUGAGGAGAGACUAUCACAACUCAUGGUCUGAAAUCCUGUCAGGAAAGAAAAGCAAGAAAAAAUCCAGUGUGAAUGAUGACGUGCUGGAUCCCUUGGAUGCCCUCUCUAAUGAAAUCAGCGAUUCAUCCAUCGGGCUGGAGCACCUUCUGAGAGAGGUAGGGCAGAUUUAUGAAGCUCUGGAAUUAAUGGACUCCAUGAAUGAGACUUUUGUCAAGCUUCCAGAAAUUGCAGCAGAGCUGAUGGUUUUAGGAUAUCCCAUGGAGCUGAUGGAUGGGGACGCUUCUUACCUGCCUUUGCGCUGGGUGGGAGCAAUCUUUGACAGCUUAAUUGAGAGGCUGGGGGACAAACGAGUGUUUGUGCUCUCCGUGCUCGGCAUCCAGAGCACAGGCAAGUCCACCCUGCUGAAUGCCAUGUUUGGCCUGCAGUUCAACGUCAGCGCAGGGAGAUGCACCCGCGGAGCCUUCAUGCAGCUCAUCCCGGUGGGCGAGGAGCUGCAGCAAGAUUUGGGCUUUGAUUUUGUGCUGGUGGUUGACACAGAGGGACUCCGUGCCAUCGAGAUGGCCAAUAAACAGUCCCUGAACCAUGACAACGAGCUGGCCACAUUUGUCAUUGGUGUUGGCAACGUCACUGUGAUCAAUAUCUUUGGAGAAAAUCCAUCAGAAAUGCAAGAUGUUCUCCAGAUCGCUGUGCAGGCUUUUCUGAGGAUGAAGAAAGUCAAUCUUUCCCCAAGCUGCCUCUUUGUCCACCAAAACGUGGGAGAAGCAACUGCCAAGGAACAGAACAGGGAAGGACAAAGGUGUUUGCAGGAAAAGCUGGAUGAAAUGACCGUGGUAGCUGCUCAGCAGGAAUUCUCUGAUGUCUCCUCUUUCAGCGAUGUCAUUGGCUUUGAUGUGAACACCCACAUUCACUAUUUUGCUCACCUGUGGGAAGGAAACCCCCCAAUGGCCCCAUCCAACCCCAAGUACAGCCAGAACGUCCAGCAACUCAAGAGCAAAAUCUUCCAGGCUGCCAAGAAUCAGUCACAGCGCAGCAUUUUGAGGUUCUCGAGUCUGAAAGAUCGUAUUGGUGACCUCUGGAAUGCUUUGCUGAAUGAAAAUUUUGUUUUCAGCUUCAAGAAUUCCCUGGAGAUUGCUGUGUACAGGAAACUGGAAACUGCCUUUAGUCAGUGGACAUGGAGGCUGAGGAGUCACAUCUUAGACGUACAAAUGAGACUGGAUAACAAAAUUCGGAAUGGGGACUUGCAGAAUGUCACCAGACAACACCUUGAAGGGCUGGUGCAAGAGACAAGUGAUGCCAUUGAGAAAGAAGUGGAAAAGUAUUUCAGGGAAGACAAAGACCGUGAGACACUGGUCCAGUGGAAAUCAAGUACUGAGGUGAAACUGAAAGAACUAAAAGAGACUCUUCUUCUUGAAACCAAAAAGAAAUGUGAGAAUCUUAUUGAGCUACAGAAGGAGCAGAAGAAACUGGAUGCAAGGAAGUUGCAAUAUGAAGAUGAGCUCCUGAGAAGGAGUCGGGAGCUGGCUGUGAGUCUGAAGGGGAAGAGCCUCAGUGAGAGAGAACUGAAGGACAACUUUACUCUUGUCUGGAACAAGUGGAUUGCUGAAGUUUCUGGUGCUGCUCGUCCUCCAGAACGUGUGGAUAUCGAUGCGGAAAUUGAAGAUGUCCUUCUAGAGCACUUUAAGGAGCCGGGUAUCCAUGCACGGAUCACAUCAUUUCCCAGAGGCAGAGGAUUUUCUUUUGACAUGCAGAAACACAUCGUUAAGAAAAGGUAUUUUGGAUAUAUCAGAGAUCCCAGGAGCAUUCCCACUGCUGGUGUGAUCAACUUUCAGCACAUCACAGACAACAUCAUAGCAUGUGUGAAGGCAAAUAUUGCUAGGAAGGAAGAGGAGAAACGGGAUUACAGUCGAAAUUUCAUUCAUGAAAUACUCAAUGAAGUACAGAAAGGUGUGAACUCUGUCCCCAGCAAUGCAAAAUAUAUUUUUAACAGAGAGUACAGCAUAGAUUUGUCUCUGUAUCUGUGCAGAAUGGCAGCAGAAAGGUUUAAAGCCAUGCAUGAAGCAUUCCAAAAGGCAAAUGACCCAGUUGUGUACCUGAGCAGCAAGAGAGAAGAUUUCUUCCAAUGUUUCCAGAUUUCCUGCCAAGGAGCCACUUCUGUCACAACUUUUGCUGUUUUCCUUUGUCACAAGAUUGAACCAGCUGUUUGCCAGGCGGUCUAUGAGAGGGUAGCUAAAGACAUCGCUGAGGACGUGCGGGACAAAGUCCCAGAUUUCCAGGGCAGCAGAGCUAAUCUGGAAGUGUGCAUCCUGAAAUACCUGGCAGAAGAGGAAAAUUUUGAGUAUUUCAAGGAAUACCUUAGGUCUCCAAAACAGUUUUGUGAGAGUUACAUUGCGACACGAGUUAGGAAUUACUGUUUAGAUGGGAGUAGGAGGCUGAGGAAUUUUUUAGAUUCCUCCCUUGAUAAUCUCUAUCAAAAAAUCUUGUCCGCCGUUUCAAAAUCAACCCGAAUUGUCAAAGACAGAAAAGACAGAGAAGACAAAAUCUCUCUCUGGCUGGAUGAAUUUUGCAGGGAACUGUCAGAGGUGAUCAACUUGCCCAGAAGUGACCUGAAGGGCAUCGAGCACCUGGAGGUCACAGACAUUGAGUUCCUGAGCAGUGCCAUGGCACAACCUUUGUAUGACAUGAGGGAGAGGCUCAUGAAAGAAUUUGCUGUGGCUGACCUGAGGUGGUUUUCAAGGCAGCCUCACACCAUCCUGGCAGAGCAUUUUUCAGGGUGCUGGGCACAGUGUCCCUUUUGUGGGGCUGUCUGCACAAACACAAUGAGGGAUCAUGAUGGAGACCAUCAGCUGGUCUUCCAUCGCCCACGAGCUUUGAUGGGAGCCACAUGGUGGAAAUGUUUACGUGGCCUCGACUAUAAUACACACGAACUGGUCAUUGACAUUUGUUCCAGCCUUGUUGCAAGUCAUUGCAAAUUUGAAACUGAUGGUGGCCGAUGGAUCCUCUUCAAGAGAUACCGUAAUGCUGGACCCCCUUACUCGACUUGGAAAAUUCUUCCUGAUUCAUCCAUGCAGGCGUACUGGAAAUGGUUUGUGUCUCAUUUCAGAGCACAGCUGGAAGCUCUGUACAAUGGGAAAUUUCAAGGUAGAGGAGAAAUCCCUGAGAUGUGGUGGAGAAUUACUAAGCAGGAAGCACUGUCUGAGCUGGAGAAGUGUUAG